GGCGCCACGAGGACGCUCCCCGGCCAGGGGCGGCAGAGGCCAGGACAGCGGGUGGCUUCUUCCCUCCCUCGCGGGAAGCUCGCCCUGCGGGCGCGGCCUGCGCCAGGGGCAGGCCCAACCUCCCUUCCCGUUUGCUUGGGCUCUUCUGGUCUCUGCUGGCACUUGGACUUUUUAUGAUUCUUUAAGACUAGAAGCAACUGCAAAGUUCAGUCUGGCCCUGUUACCUUGGUUUAUAGAAGCAGUAACCACAGCUCAGAGAUGUGUUUUGAUGUGUCCAAAGUCGCACGGCUUUUGUAUAGUACAUUCUUUGAUGUUGAAAACCCCUGUUUAGCGAUAUUUGGCCUCAAGACUAGAGAACUUAAGAGCUUUGGCUUUAGAAUCUGACCGAAAUUCCCCUGCCCUGACUAGUUUUGUGACCUUGAGUGCUUUACAUUACUGGUCACAUAAAACACAAAUAGUAAUACCUCACCGGAUAUUGUGAUGUUUAACAUGUAUACCAUCAAGGUACAUAGGAAACAAGAAAUGGUAGCUGCUCAUCAUAGUGUUGUUCAGCUGUUAUCUGUGCAGUGCUCUCGAGAUCCUGGCACAGAAGGGGAAGUCGAGAGUUCUAACUCCAGAACUGCUACUAAUUUGCGAUGAGCUUAACAUUUCAUUCCACCACGCCCCCCCCAACCAAAAUCCUUUAAAAAGAUUUCCUAGAAUCACUGCCCACCAAUUUCUCUUCAUCUCAUCAGCCACCUCUGAUUGCAAGGGAGGCAACCAAAUGUGGUCUUUUAGCUGCGCACCCCCUCCAAUAAAAUCAGGGUUCUCUGUCUAAAGAUGAAGGCAAUUAUCAGAUUUUGCCGCAGCUGCCAACUCGGGAAUCUUGGCGAAUCACCAACUAUACACCAGUUUUAAUUGAACAUUUGUUGAGUGUUUACUAUGUUAGGCAGUGUUAAAAGUGCUUUAACUGCUUUAUCUUAUUUAAGACCCAUAGUGGCGGCGGGGGCAGGGGGCGCAGUUAGGUAGCAUUUAUAAACCCAUUUUACAGAUGAGGAAAUGAAGGCUUAGUAGUAAGAAAAGUGAUCAGUAUAUAACGACAAAAAAGUGAGCCACGAAUCUGUCUAAGGAGGGUUUGAGCAUGGCACAGCCAGAACUUGAGAUCUAGUCCAGCCAUUACAUUCAGCCACUCACUUGUGGAAUUACCAUGGUCCAAGCACAUAAUCUUUACGAACCAUAGUUUUCUCAUCGGUAAAACGAAGGUGUUCAAUUGCUGGAUGGUUUCCAAUAUUUUCCUCACCAUUUUAUUUGGCUUAGUGAACCCAGUGUUUUUCAAGUUUUUGUGUUACCAGAUUGUGUUUAACAGUUCACUUCUCUAUUUUUUUAAUGAAAGGCAUACGUAAAUGCCUAUCAGAGCCUCUGUUCUGCCUGAGACAUGCAUGAUACUCACUCGGUUGAUAAAAUUCUAGCUCGCAACUGAAAAAAAAGGCAGUUUCCUUUUAGCAAUGCUUGCCAUUCCAGAUAGGCUUUACAACAUGGAUUACAAAGCAUCCUGGACCAGUGGUGUGCCAAUGACACUGUUCUGGAACCUCUGGUUUACACUAAGUCUAAAUUAGAACCAUUGCUGCUGUAAAAGUCUUAGUGUUAAUGAGGAAACUUGAGAUCAAAUAACUAGUACUUCCUUUCAUAAAACGGGGCCAAUCUAUAAGGUGAGAGGCUUGGAUUAUUCCUGUUCUAAAUUUCCAUCUGGAACACACACACACACACACACACACACACACACACACCACUCCCCCACCCACCACCCACCCCCUGCCAUGGAAUGGAGAACAUCUAGACCAAAGCCAGCUUUCUGUCACCCUAUUGGAAGAAAAGCAGAAGCAGUUGAAACACAGGAGGGGCAGGUAGUUGUCUUGCUGAGAGGAAGAAAUUUCAAGCCAAGAGUCACCCGCAGUUUGCAACCAGCGGUUCCAAGGUGUAAAGCUUUGAAGGAAAUGGAUUUAAUUAAAACUUCUGCUUCAGACUGUUACUGCUACAAUCAAAAUUCCCAAAUGGACUGGAAAAACAUAUGGUCAACUGUGCAGGUGAAAGUUACCAGUUCAGCCCUGCUAAGUAUUGUAUAUAUCACAGAAAGACAUAAUUGCCAGUAUCCGGAAACCAUGCUAUCUAUUUUCAAAUGCGUGAUUCAUAAGUUUUGGACUCCAAAGAAGUCUAAUGAAAUUACCAUAAUCAUCAAUCCAUAUGGAGAGACUGUGUGCUUUUCUGUGAAGCCUAUUGGGAAUUAUACAAUACACGUGAAUCAAAACAUUGUAGAUUUCAAACUCUUCCUUGUAUUUGUGGCAGGCAUUUUCCUCUUCUUUUAUGCAAAGACCUUGAGUCAAAGCCCUGCUUUCUUUUACUCUUCAGGGACUGUGCUAGGUAUUCUAAUGACAUUAGUCUUUGUCCUGCUGCUGGUGAAAAGGUUCAUUCCUAAGUAUAGCACCUUUUGGGCUUUAAUGGUUGGUUGUUGGUUUACUUCAGUUUAUGUGGUGUGCCAAUUGAUGGACGAUCUGAAGUGGCUGUGGUAUGAAAACAGAAUGUAUAUAUUAGGCUAUGUCUUGAUAGUUGGGUUUCUCAGCUUUACUGUUUGUUACAAACAUGGGCCCCUUGUUGAUGAGAGGAACAGAAGUCUUCUGAAGUGGACACUGCAGCUCUUUUCCUUAUUUCUGAUCUACUCUGGUGUCAGCGUGCCCCAGUUUGCAUACGCAUUUAUUCUCCUCAUCCCGUUGUCCAGGAGUCUGCACUAUCCAAUGAAAGCGUUCAGUCAUAUGAGGUGGAAAAUGAAGAAAUGGUUUACGUCAGAAAAACUGGCAGUUACAUAUCUCACUGAAGAUGAAUACAGGGAACAAACUGAAGCUGAAACAACCAGUGCUCUGGAGGAGCUGCGCCAAGCCUGCCGCAGACCCGACUUCCCAUCGUGGCUGGCCAUCUCCAGACUGCAGACUCCUAAAAAGUUUGCAGACUUUGUUCUUGGAGGAAGCCACUUGUCGCCUGAAGAAAUUAGCCUUCAUGAAGAACAAUACGGCCUUGGGGGUGCCUUCCUGGAAGAGCAGCUCUUUAAUCUGAGGACUCUGCCUGACGGUCUCCCUGCACAUUGACUUCAUUCUGGACAAGGAAGUGGGUGAAGGGCAAGGAUCCUAUUAAGGUCGUUCUAGGGAACAGCGGCAAAAGCAUUUGCUAUGGAGAAAAAGCAGGUCACAAUGGAAAGGAAAACUAAACUAUAUUGAAGAUAACUGAUCAUUCUUGGCCAGUUCUGCUAUUUAUUGCACUGUAGGUGGCCACAGUCAUUACAUUCUAUGACAGUCAUUGCAACUUUCUUUGAAUGAAGACUUUCAUUAGCAACAAAGGAACUGGGUUGAUUUUCAAGGGGCCAGUAAGGGACCAAGAAGCAUGAUUAGGUGCCUUGUCAACACCGGGGCAUUAAAUCCUCUUUCUUUCUCUCUCUCUCUCUCUCUCUCUCUCUCUCUCUCUCUCUCUCUCUCUCAAAUUUAUUAUGGUGGUUAAAGAAAUCCAAUAAGUUUCAAGUGUACAAUUCAAC